UGCUGCUGGCAGCACUGAACGACCGGCUGGUGGUGGCAACAGGGGCGUCGGUGGCAGUGGGGCGGGUGGCCACAGUGGACGUGCAGCAGCGCCUCACAGGGCUGCUGGAGCCGCUGCUCGCGGGGUGGGUGUCACUCGUGCACUCCCAGGGGCCGCACCCCAUGCUGCACCUGCCCAAGCUCAUCUCCCAGCUCAUCUCCCGCUUUGACGUCAUGCGCCUCACUCCGCGCCUUGUGGAGCUGCUCAGUCGCGGACCAACCAUCUGCUGCCAGCUGGCACUCGAGCUCUCUGAAACUGGACCUCAGUUUAACUCGGAGGUGAGGGUGAUGAGUGCGAUGAGGGCGCGCAACUUUGACAAGGCACUGGACAUCCUCACCACCGACUUCCACCACUCCAUUGCCUACCCGCGCUGCCCUCCCUCCUCGCGCCUCUUUCACCGCUUCAGGCAGCUCGGCCGCCGCUGCAUCACGUUCGCGCAGUUUGACAAGGCAAAAGCAACCUUUGAGGUAGUGGGGGACUACGAGGCCAUGUACGACCUCUUCAUCGCGCACAUGAACCCCUCCGCACUGCGCCGCCUUGCCGCCACGCUGGAGGAGACCGAGGCACAGCCGGAGCUGGAGCGCGAGUGCAUGCAGGUGCUCAAGGUGCGCUCGUCCCUCUGGAACCAGGGCGGUGUCCUCUCUGCUAUUGCACAGGAGGCACUCGCACCGAGACCUGCCGACUGGGCUGGCGGGAACUGGACCGUGCUCGUCGCCCCUGACCCGUCUGAGGCCAAACCUGCUGCCGGCACUGCUGCUGGAGAUGCUGCUGCUGCUGCUGCUGCUGGAGCGGCAGGAGGGGCGAUUGUAGGGGGAGCAGCGGCGGCGGGGGCAGCGGCGGCAGCAGGGGGGCUGAAGCCUCAAGCGGAGAUCACCCACUCGUGGACGUUUGGGAAUGAGGUAACCGCGUACAUGAAGACAGAGGGCGGCGCUAUUCCCAUCAUCAUUGCGGACAGCGUGGGGGUCUACCUGGGCGUGGCGCGCGGCAAGGGCGUGGUCACAGAGAUUCUCGAGAUGAAGAAGGACGAGGGCAAGAAGGAGGUGAAGAAGAAGAAAAAGAAGGCCACCGAGGCAGAGAUCAUGGCGGCAGCUGUUGCGAGCUUCCUGCCCGGGGCUGAGGCGGCGUCGGCAGCAGCAGGCGCGGCGGUGCCGAGAGGGGAGGAGACGGCGGAGGAGGCGCAGCAGCGGGCGGCUGCGGAGUUCAAGACGAGUAUGUACGGGGCAGGGGAGGCGUUUGACAGCGACAGCGACGAUGACACCAUGUCCACCACGUCCCGGCGCAGCAAGUUCAGCAUCAAGAUCAAGGACAAGGACGCGCGGGCAGGAGUGGUGGAUGUGGGGCGCCUCAAGGCGGCGUCCAAGACGCUCACUCUGGGCGCACCAGCCAAGCCACCAUCCGCUGCCGCCACAGAGGAGUUCGGGUGGCAGCAGUUCGAGUCCGACUCCUCUGGCCUCGCCAUCGCUGUGGCGCUCGGGUAUGCGAAACCCAUGCUGCCGCCAGGGCAGCAGGGCGCUGCUGGGCCGGAUGGCAGUGCUGCUGCCGCAGCCGCAGCCGCAGCUGCAGCAGCCGCCGCAGCCGUGGCGGCAGUGGGUGAGGGAGGAGCGGUGGGAGCAGAGGUGGUGGGGGAGAGCAAGGAGCUGUUUGGGGACGACGUUCCCUUCUCUGCAGAGCCGUCCUUCCAAGCCACUCAACCCGCACCGGCGGAAGCAGCGGCAGCAGCAGCAGCAGCAGCAGCAGGAGCAGGGAAGCAACGGCCCAUGCUGCCCCCUCCAUCGGCAGGUCCUUUGCAGAUGCAGCCCGCAGCAGCCGCCGCAGCAGCAGCAGCAGAGCCGGCAGCGCAGGAGGAGUUUGGGGGGUUGCUGGCGGGAACAGCAGAGGCGCAGGGCAAGGGGGAACCGGGGCAGCAGCUCAAGGUGCCGCUGCCGAAAAAGGCUGGUGGGGCGGAAGCGGAUGGUGCGAAUGCUCUGCCUCCUGAGAUCUCAGCGCUGUCAGAGGCACAGGCGGGCGGGGAGAAGGGCCCCAGCAAGGAGCGGGAGGCAGCUCGUGCUGCCAUGCCCACCAAGAUCCUCCCUGGCUAUGUGCCACGUGGCGCGUCAGCAGCGGUGUGUGUGAAGGUGGCGCUGGUGCACGUGGACGACAACCGGCUGGCGGACGCACUGGCGUGUGUGGACGAGGCCUUCCUCGCCAUGGCCAAGGACCGCUCCCUCGGCAAGAACAUUCAGGCCCAGGCGCGCAUUGCUGCCCACUACAAGAUCGGUGCUACCAUCCUGCAGGAGAUAGUGCGGCUGCAGAAGGCGGAGGGGCAGGGCGCGCUGGGCGCCAAGGAGGAGAUGGCGCGCCUGGCACGGCACCUGGCGUCGCUGCCGCUGCAGCCGAAGCACCGCAUCAGCUGUGCGCGCACGGCCAUCCGGCGCAACAUGGAGGUGCACAACUUCGCCUACUCCAACCGCCUCCUGCACGCCCUCCUCGCCAAGGCGCCCCCCAACAAGCAGGCCGAGCUCCGGGCACUUGCCAACAUCUGCAUGUCGCGGGGCCUCACAGACCGCACCAUCAACCGCAACGAGGACCCCUCGCGCUUCUGUGCGGCGUCGCUGGCGCUGCUGCCCACCAUAGGCCACGACGUGUGUGACACCUGCAAUGCGUGCUUCGCUGCGCUCGCCACCCCCGGCUGCCCCAUCUGCGGCAUGGGCACUGUCAGGCGCUUUGACAAGGCGGGGGCGGGUGCUGCUGCUGCAGGCGCGGGUGGUGCAGCAGGGAGGGCUGCUGCUGCUGGCGGGCAGGCGGGCAGAGGGAAGGGUGGUGUCACUGCGUUUGCAUCGCCGUUCUGA